AUGUCGACCUACGCGGCCAAGGGCCAAUGGGACUAUCCACCUCAGGUUGAGCUCUGCUGGUUGUACGCUGCGGCCAAUGACAAUGUUCAUGCUGAAGCACUCCUCGCGUGUCAGGGUUUUGGCUGCACUGUAGCCACAGAGGGCAUACCAAUACUCUGGGGAAUCGACGUAUCCAUGGCAAACUCGAAUGAUACGACUACAACUUUCGCAGUGAUGUCGUCGACUCCUGACGGACGCCGUUUUCUCAACUUGGCGGCUGCUUUAACCGCCUUUCUCAGCAUCGAAGACGGCGCGAAAGCGCUUGCGCUCUUGAUGGCAGCAUCGGUAUCGAAUCCUCAACAGAGAGUGCCAAGCUCGGAACACCUAACGAUGAUUCUCGAAGCUCUCGUCCGGUAUCUGCCUCAGGAAAGGAACAAAAACCUUGCGUCACGAUACUCAGCAGCCGCGCGGCGCCACUCCGAUCCCGAAGCCGUGGGUCUGGCUUCUUGGAUCCAGGACUGGAUCGCGCGAAACCACGACAACACUCACGACUUCAUUGAAGACGACAUAUUUGCGCUUCGUCGUCAAAUUAAGGCAUUUCUAGAUUGGUGCCAGAGACCCGAGAGGAAACUGCUGAACGACUCGGAAUGCAAGGGAGGCAGUGGCGCAUCCUGA